GCACCUACCCGCCGGACGCCCCGACGGGCGCGCCGCCAGGGCUGGCCGGGGAGGGGCCGGGCCCGGAGGGCGGGGGCCUGGGUGCGGGGCAGGGCCGGGCUGCGCCUCGCAGGCCUCUCCGGCAGCUCGGGGGCCGCCCGCCCUCCGAGGAGCGGAGCACUUCCCUCGGGGCCCGUCGCGUCGCAGGCGCCGUGAAAGCGCUCGCCAUGAGGACCCUGUGGCUGGCGCUGUGCGCGCUGGCGCGGCUGUGGCCCGGGACCCUGGCCGGCUGCGCCGAGGCGGGGCGCUGCUGCCCCGGCAGGGACCCCGCCUGCUUCGCCCGUGGCUGGAGGUUGGACAGGGUCUACGGGACGUGCUUCUGCGACCAAGCCUGCCUCCUCACCGGAGACUGCUGUUUCGACUACGCCAGGGCGUGCCCAGCUCGCCCGUGCAUCGUGGGGGAGUGGAGCCCCUGGAGCGGCUGUGCGGAGCAGUGCAAGCCCACCGCCCGCGUGCGGCGGCGCCGGGUGCGGCAGGAGCCUCAGAACGGCGGGGCGCCCUGCCCGCCCCUGGAAGAGAGAGCCGGCUGCCUGGAGUACUCAACGCUGCAGGGCCAGGACUGCGGGCACACCUUCGUCCCUGCCUUCAUAACUACCUCUGCAUUCAACAAGGAGAGAACAAGACAAGUCGCUUCUCCACAGUGGUCUACAGACACACAGGAUCCUGGAUAUUGUAUGGAGUUCAAGACAGAGUCAUUGACUCAUCACUGUGCGAUGGAGAACCGGCCUCUGACUCGAUGGAUGCAGUAUCUCCGAGAGGGAUACACGGUGUGUGUAGAUUGUCAGCCUCCAGCUAUGAACUCUGUGAGCCUUCGUUGUUCCGGAGAUGGCCUGGACUCUGAUGGAAAUCAAACUCUCCAUUGGCAAGCCAUUGGGAAUCCUCGAUGUCAAGGAACUUGGAAAAAAGUUCGGCGAGUUGAUCAGUGUUCUUGUCCAGCUGUCCACAGCUUUAUUUUUAUAUAGACUGUGAAGCACAUACUUCCAAAAGUGUUUGUAAACAUGUUAAAUAUUAUCAAGUCAAAUUCAAUGCUUCUUAAACCAUCAAAAACUGGCCAAAGUCCCUGAACACAUGUCAUGGUUACCCUCUGAAGUAGAGAAAGAAAAUUUAGGGACCACUUCUCAAGAAACACUGUACCUUUAUUUUUAUUUUUACUAAUUUGGGGACCUACCCUAAAAGCGUCUUUGGUCUUAUAUAUUUGACCUUCCAUUUUGAAGUCAUUCAACAGGUGAGCCAUGACAUACAGAAUACAUGGCUUGUUGC